AUUCUCAGCCAUUGCGUCCUUGCCAUGGCGCAGCACCGCUUCCUGACUUUCUCCUGACUUUCUCCUCAUCUCCUCUGAGCUUUCUUUCUCCCAAAAAAAAAUUAAAUUACCCACCUGCAUACCUGCGCCCGCCAUGCUUCCACGCGCGCUGCGACCCAUUGCGAGCUCGCGUGCCGCCUCACAAUGCGCCUUGCGCAGCGCUGCCUCGAUAGCCUCCUCCUCCUCCUCCUCCUCCUCCUCGUCGCUGCCGAGUACAUCCCCAACACGCCCAUCCGUGUCCUGCGCACCGUGUCUGAUGUCCGCCAGUGGACGUCAGAUGUGUGCAGCAGCAGCAGCAGCAGCAGCCCAUCUCCGUCCUCCUCUUCCUCCUCCCAAGACCAGGGCGUCGCCCUCAUCCCGACCAUGGGCGCCCUCCACGUAGGCCACACCGAUCUGAUUCGCCAGGCCGCCCUCCGCGGGCACAACAAGAUCGUCGUCAGUAUAUACGUGAACCCGGCGCAGUUCGGAGUGAGCGAGGACCUGGACAGCUACCCCAAGACGUGGGACGGCGACUGCGCCGUCCUCUCGUCCUUGUACCCAGAGCUCCAGAGCACGCUGGGAGGUAGCAGCAGCGACCUGCAGAUGGCCGUCUUCGCUCCCACGACGAGCGAGAUGUACCCCUCCGGCUUCCCAGGCCAGGAGCCCGACUCCAAGGGCAGCUUCGUAACCAUCACCCCCGUGGGCGAGCUGCUCGAGGGCAAGACCCGCCCAACCUUCUUCCGCGGCGUCGCCACCGUGUGCAUGAAGCUGUUCAACAUCGUCCUCCCCUCGCGCGUCUUCUUCGGCCAAAAGGACGUCCAGCAGACCGUUGUCAUCCGCAAGAUGGUGCGCGACUUCUGUCUGCCCCUCGAUGUCGCCGUUGUCCCCACCACGAGGGAGCCCAGUGACGGCCUGGCCCUGAGCAGCCGCAACGUCUACCUCGGCACCAGACGACGUAGGACUGCUCCUGUCCUGGUCACUGCGCUGCGGGCUGCUGAGGCUGCGUACCUGGAGGAGGGGGCACUUGCGGCCGCCGACAUCGUGCCCGCGGCUCUGAGGGUGAUCUUGGACGUCUUGGACCAGCAGAUGCGGCUGUCGCCUAGGGAAGGCGUCAUGUUUGAGCUGGACUACAUCUCCCUGGCCGACCCUGACACCAUGGAGGAGCUCGACGAGGUCGACCCGACCCGCGGCGCUAUCCUGAGCGGCGCCAUCAAGAUGUUGCCUGUGUAUGAGGCGCAGGAGGGCGAGGACCUGGGCCAUAGUGGUGGUCCGCCCGUCAGGCUGAUUGACAAUAUCAUCCUGCCUCCUCGGAUACAAGAGCAAGCAGGCAAGGAAGAUGAUGCCUGA